GAGCUGGAGAGGGAUGCAGGAGGGUGGGUAGCGUAGGAAAACGAAAUAGUAAACUCUGAGAAUACGGUGUAGGAGUGUUGGUGGUGCUCUGAGAGAGUGUGUGUGUGUGGCGGUGCUCUGAGAGUGUGUGUGCCCAGAGCGAGCCACCAUGCCCGUGACAUCACAGCUGUUCCGAGGCUUCCCUCGAGCGAAGCUCUGGGGUUCCUCCCUGUUCCCAUGCCAACGCCAGCUCCCCUGCUGCCCCACCACCCACCGGCCCACCUCGUCGCAGCCCCACCCCAUAUGGACGAUAGCCAUGCCCGUGCGUGGCUAUAGGAGGAGCCCUGACCUCCACAGCUACAAUCUCACCCCCCCACAGGUCAACUCAAUCCUCAAGGCCAACGAGUACAGCUUCAAGGUUCCAGAGUUUGAUGGUAAGAAUGUGUCGUCGGUGAUGGGGUUCGACAGUAACCAGCUGCCUGCCAACGCACCCAUCGAGGACCGGCGCAGCGCUGCCACCUGUCUGCAGACGCGGGGGAUGCUGCUGGGAGUGUUCGACGGCCAUGCGGGCUGUGCCUGUGCACAGGCGCUGAGUGAGAGGUUGUUCUACUACGUAGCCAUGUCCUUGAUGCCCCAUGAGACCCUGUGUGAGCUGGAGGCUGCAGUAGAGGCAGGCAGGCCCCUCAGCCCCAUCCUGCAGUGGCACAAACACCCCAACGACUACUUCACCAGGGAGGCACAGACUAUGUACUUCAACAGCCUCAGAACCUACUGGCAGGAACUCAUAGACCUCAGCAGUCCAGGGGAGAGCCUAGGGCCCAGAGAGGCGUUGCUGAGUGCCUUUAAGAGACUGGACAGUGACCUGUCUCUGGAGGCUCAGGUGGGAGACGCCAAUUCCUUCCUCCACUACUGGGUUCUGAGAGUGGCCUUCUCUGGAGCGACUGCCUGCGUAGCUCACAUCGAUGGAUCCGACCUGUAUGUAGCGAACACGGGUGACGGCCGGGCGGUGCUGGGGGUCCAGGAGGAGGACGGCUCGUUCAGCGCUCACACGCUCUCCAACGACCACAACGCCCAGAAUGAGAACGAGGUGGCCCGCAUCCAGGGGGAACACCCCCCCUCUGAGAAGAAGACAGUCGUACGACAGGACCGGUUGUUGGGCCUGCUGAUGCCGUUCCGUGCGUUUGGAGAUGUGAAGUUCAAGUGGAGCAUUGACUUGCAGCGAGGUGUGUUGGAGUCAGGACCAGACCAGCUCCAUGACAACGAACACACCAAGUUCAUCCCCCCCAAUUACCACACCCCUCCCUACCUCACGGCCGAGCCUGAGAUCACACACCACCGCCUCCGACCUCAGGACCGCUUCCUGGUGCUGGGUACAGACGGGCUGUGGGAGACGCUCCAUCGACAGGAGGUGGUCCGGAUCGUAGGGGAGUAUCUAACGGGGGUCCACCAGCGCCAGCCCCUCACCGUGGGGGGUUACCAUGUCACCCUGGGACAGAUGCAGGGGCUGCUGGCUGAGAGGAAGGCCCGUGCCUCCUUGGCGUUCCAGGACCAGAACGCUGCCACCCACCUGAUUCGCCACGCGGUGGGCAACAAUGAGUUUGGAGCAGUGGACCACGAGACGCUGUCCAAGAUGCUGUCUCUGCCUGAGGAACUGGCCCGCAUGUACCGCGAUGACAUCACCAUCAUCAUCACACAGUUCAACCCCCACGUGGUUGGACACCAGCGCCAAGGGGGGGAGUCCUGAGCCAGCUCAGCCUAUCAGAGGGGAACGUGGACAUGAACAGGAAGUUUACUUCCUAGGAGGAAAAACACUGAUGUGAGGACUGGGUCUUGCUACAGACACAUGGUUGAGCUCUAACCUUUAUUUCACCAAACGCGCACAAAACAUACUGGACUAACCCUGCAGAGGGAGGACUGCCUACCUUCGGACUCCUUAUUUUAGGAUUGUUAUUGAAGAGGUGCGUGUACAGUAUGUGCACAUGUGAGCACACAGUCCUGGUCAUGUGGAUUGUUGAAAUGCUUGCUGAUACUGAUCACAAGUUGGCUCUUUUCUGAGUGUUGUGGCCUGGUGUGUGUAUGAAGCUUUUUAAAGGAUAUUUGAUUAACCUCCCUGCAGCAUUCUGCUUCUCUGCUCUGUCACAGUCUCUGCCCAUAGGAAACUUUAAUUUGUGCCUAAAGAGUUUGCUGCUUUAUAACUAUGUUGUCUGAGCAUUGAGGUAAUGAUACGGUGGCAGCCUUUGUGUUUGUUCAAUCUGGCCUGUCUACUCUACAAACAUCCCUCCCUCUUUCAUAUCACAGGUUCUGUGCUGUGCAGUUGCAGCAUCUGUCUUGCUCUAGAGCUGCAACUGGCCUCCAUCCUGGCUCUACCGCAUGGCUCUGCUGUUACAAAGUAGGGCUCUGUCUGUCUGUGUUCUGUCAUUGAAUGGAUCAGUGUCCUUUAUACUUGUUACAGACGGACAGCCAAGAGCUCCCAGGCACACUUCUUGUUAUCUUAUAUUUUGAGUAAUGUUUAUUUAAAAUGUUUUUAAUCUGAUUUCAAACAUUGACUGUUUUGUCAACCUUGGAGAGGAAUAACUGCCUGUGUCUAUAAAGCAGAUGUUAUUGCUCUGAGACAGACGGCGUCACUAAGAUAGGAACCAGUAGAGCUGCGUAGUGUGCAGGCUUUAGAUCCAGCAGUAACACCUCUAUCACAACUAUUCACCCACAGGAAUCAGGUUUGUUAUGCGCUGAGUGUGUCUGAGAGAUUCUACAGCAGACUGAAGGAGUGGUGGUAUUCUGUAGAGGAGAGAGAGAGGGGUGUGUGAUCAGACGUGUAUUGUUUUAGGGUUGCAGAGUAUACGUUUAAAAAGAAACAUAGUGGUUGAACCUCAUGUUUUUUGACAAUUAUACUCUCAUACGGGGGGAUAUGGUAUACUAACGUCAUCAUGCUUACAUGGUGUGUAUUCUAUCAAAACUGUUUUAGUUUUUAACAGUGAAUCAUUGCUAGCCUGGUGUCAGAUCUCUGUCUGAGGUAACCAUGGAAUUAGGAGUUGAACUGUAACCAUCUCCUGUCAUGUUCAUGCCAAACCUCCAGGAGUGACUAAAACAGAGACAGACUUAGUCACUGUUGGCAGGACACGAACCAUGGUGUGGUUCUAGGCUGGUAUAGGUCAGAUGAAGGUGUGCAUCAUGAGGUUGUAUAUCUCAUGGUGGUGUAGAUGUAGGAGAGGAUGUAAAGCUGAAGGUGGCUCUGUCGACGCUGGCUGAAUACUUCAAGGUUAUUUAUGCAACUUUUAAUAUGUCACAGUUAUUUAUCCACAAUUAUAUGAGAUGUGACAGGUAUGUAUGUACAGUAUCCUGUUUGUGUCCAGUGACCUGUUUGGGCUUGAGACUAAAGUUUUUUUGUAUUUGGAAACUUAAUAAAACACUGACGACACACAAUG